CCUCACGGCGCCAUAUUAAAAUGCUGCCUCCUCUCUGCCUGUGAUCGUAGCUUAGCAGCAGCAGCUAGCCGCCAGUCUGCUUUUUACAUCCACAACACUGACAGAGGGCAACGGCGUGAUGGAAACUGACUCGCUUCAAGAGGCGCUCAGAGAUUUUGACAAGAAGGCAAAGUCGGAGGCAUCUCCUCUUUUGGAACAGUUUCUAUGUCAUAUUGCCAAGACUGGAGAGACCUUGGUUCAAUGGUCUCAAUUCAAAAACUACUUCCUGUUUAAGUUAGAGAAGGUGAUGGAUGACUUUCGAGCCUCAGCCCCUGAGCAAAGAGGUCCUGCAAAUCCCAAUGUGGAAUCAAUUCCAUUUGAAGAUAUGAAGGAGAGAAUCCUGAAGAUUGUGAAGGGAUACAAUGGAAUUCCAUUUACGAUCCAGCGCUUGUGUGAGCUGCUCACAGAACCCAAAAGGAACUAUACAGGGACAGAUAAGUUCCUUCGGGGAGUGGAGAAGAAUGUAAUGGUGGUAAGCUGUGUGCACCCAACCUCAGAGAAAAAUGGAUGCAGUGCUGUCAAUAGAAUGAAUGGAGUGAUGCUUCCUGGAAACACAUCUGCUUUUACAGAGAGGAAAGUGAACGGUCCUGGAACUCCACGGCCGCUGAACCGACCGAAGUUGUCUUUGGCUAACUCACUAGCAGCUAAUGGCCUUCCAGACAGCACAGACAACAAAGACCUCAACACAGAGCAAGAAGGCGACAAGGACUCGGGUGAGGUUUCAGCGUCAGGAGGUUCCCUGGGGAGCUCAGUGAAGAACAAACAUCCAGAAGAUGCUGAAGAGGACAUGGAAGCCGAGCAGCAAGAAGUGAAGAGACUUAAAUUCAGCAAGGACGAGGAGGAAGAUGAAGAUGAGGAGGAUGAAGAGGAGGAGCAGGAGGCGGACACACUAAGGCCUUUACAUACCACCUGCCUCUCAAAAGAGGCAGAAGCCAUGGUCCAGGAGGAAGAGGAAGAGGAGAAGGUCGGGUACAGCAAGGAGAAUGAAGCCUCCAGCAGUGCUGCUGCCACUGAGGACCAAGAACCAACAAGCAGCACGCAGGCUGAGGUGUGUGCGAGCUCAGGUCCGGAGGCUGAGCAGGCUGAGAGGGAGGUGCCAUGCGGCUCCCAGGAGGAGGGCAGUGAUAUGGAUCAGACAGAGCAGCAGGCACCUGCAGGCGUCCUGGAAAGCCCAGAGACCAGCAGGGACAGCGAGGAGAGCAACAGUGACCCAGUCAGCAGCAGCAGCAGUAGCAGCAGUGGUAGCAGCUGUAGCAUAGAGGAGAGUGCAGAAGCAGCAAGAGAAGACGUAGCUCUUGCUCCCUCCAGCAGUACGACUGAACCUCCUACAGAGGGCGCCAUGGAUAGUGCCACCUUGAACACUGGGACCACUGAGGAGCCAAUGGAGCAGGACUAGACUGAAGGCCCCCCUGCAGCCAUGUGUGACCAUAAACCAGCUUGUCCUUGAAUCCAGCUUGACUGUCACUGGGAAUGAGGAUAACUGCACCUCGUACACAAGACGAACGCCUCGUCCCGCUUUUGGACACUCCUCCAAAAUGGCUACCUGGCAUUGAUGUGGGCAUACAAAUAAAUUUUCAUUUGAAGUUUUUUUUUUUUUUUUUAAUCUUCUUAUCCUCUGUUUUUUAAGUUACCCAUAAAGGGGGUUGGUUUCAGCAACCUUGAAUUUAUUGGCUGCAUUCUUUCUUCUUUUUUGUGUUCAGUGGGGUUGUUCAGAUGCUGGGGUGGUCUCGUUCUUUUCUUACACCACUUCACACCAACCAUUUGGACAUUGGGACAGGGUUGGUAGUCUACGUUUUGUACCCUUUAAGCCCAGUGUACCGCAGUAUUGGGUCAGAACAGAGCCAUACCAGCCCCCUUAUUUAUGAAAUUGUUCAAGAUGAGCUAAUAUCACCAUUUCUGUACCUGACUGAAGCUCAUGUAAAAUGUUCUUUGGUUGAGCAAUGACCUGAAGGUAACGCCCCACCGCCACUAUAUUGUUACUCCAAGUUCCACCGGGCUAUUGAGAACAUGCAUUGUUUUAAAAUUUAUUUCUCCAUCUUUAUGAGAUGGGAUUUUUUUUUCAUUGUGUCCUAUUAUUUUGACCAUAUUUUUUGCAAUGAUACACUACCAGUCCCACUAACAAUACAGUGACAUGCUACCUUGUUGAGGCGUCUUCUGUAAAAUGAUAUAUUUUGGAUGCAUAAAACCACCAUAAUUUAUAUGAUCAUUUCAAUUCAAUGAGUUAUUUUGGAGUACGUUUUUGUUUCGUCUGCCAGUUGUAGUUUACAAAAACCAGCUGUAAGUACAAAGAUGACUUCUGCUUUCUUUGUAUCGUGAUGUCACCAUGUUGUUUCACCGACCGAUAUCCAGAACAGUUUCUGGUUUCCAGUUCUACACCUGUUUUCUGCAGCUGUACUUUUUGAUAUUUAGAAUUUUAAAUUUCUGUAAAGUAGAUUUUUGUAGAUUGUAAUACAGUAUGUGUUCACUGCCUUUGUGAAACCAUAUAUAAUUGUAUAAUUUUUGUGUAUACUCUGAAUGCUUUUGCUUUCAGUGCGGUAUUCAGAAACAGCAAUAAAUGUUAACAUUUUUA